AUGGCCAUCGUGUGGGCGCCCAACUUGCUCCGCUCUCCCCGCCCGCAGCACGCGCUGCAACACGUCUCGGCGGUGGUAACGGAAUUCCUGAUCUGUUACGCGGAGGAACUUUUCGCCGAGGAGCAAGACUGGGAUUCCGGACCGGAGUCGCUCAAUUCGGUGGGAUCGGGGCCGGACAACCUUCCGCAAUACCACACCGUAUUGGAUCUCCCGUUGUCAGGUGCGAAGCGAGGCCUGAAGCGGUCUCCGUCAGGCUGGCGCGGGCUGUUCUCUCGCAGUAAGCUGCAGCGGCACAAGGCGGCUCUGCGGCCACAAGUCACUGCGCCUGCGCCUGUCCCCGUAGAGUGUUCGCAGGACAUACCGAUGAACCCAGCGGGCUUGAGACCAGUGAAGUCAUGCGAGUCACUCACCUCAGACGGCGACACGGUGGCGCCCCUAGCGGAGAGAGCCAUGAAACCUCUCAAACAUCACACCAGGUCGUCAUCUUGCGACUCUUACUUCGAGCCUUGGCAAGCGGAACUGGCUGACAUGAGGCUCCGAUUGUCCCCGCAGGAGCGAGACAGACAUAUGUUCAGUGAGGAGGACGACACGCACUGUGCGCCGGCUCAGGACGAUUCUUUAUGCUCUACUCCGGCCGAAUCGGGCCCCGACAGCGUGGACCCCAGCCCCAGAAGGAACCUUAGGGUCGAUAUAGAGGCCGCCAACGAGCUUGCUGAGAGGAAACGCAGCGCGCUGGAAGAGCAGCUGGCAGGCAUCGGGUACAUAGACGGAGACUCGCCGCGCGCCAAGCCCGCGGAGAAGCGCCACUCGGCGCGCCACGACAACCUCGCCAAGCGCCUGUGCAAGGACCGGGACAGUCCCACCGCCAGCUCCGAGUUCCAGAACUCGACCAGCGCUGUCAAGAUGAGAGAACGAACAUCGCCCAAAAAGUGCAAGUCGGCUCGCUACAGCAACCUCCACCAAUCUGACGACGUCACGGUCUCAAGGCUCAGCUGGCACGGCAAAGACAACCAUUCCACUCUCAUCAAAAUAGACUGGCCUGUAGAGAACUCCAUAAGCAACCUCACCAGUUCAACUCUUAAUACCCCCAUAACCCCCGCUACCCCAGUGUAUGAUCCCUUAGAGAGCGACUCCGAAGUGAGUGAGCAUAAUAAACAGACAAUCAAAAUUAACAACUGCGACAAUUGCGAUGAAGAGAAAUGCUUAAAAUGUGAGUUGAAAGCGGCGGAUUAUGAGAAUAUUAAAGUGGAAGAUUAUACAGAUACGUUAAAAGAUAGCUUGGAAGCUAGUCCGGCUAACUCUACUAAUAUUAGCUAUCAUAAUCUAAAUAGAUUAUCAGCGGUGUCUUCAUCUACAUCAGAAGGUACGGGAAAGAAAGAGGUGUCGUAUGAAAACUGUGAUAUGAAAGUCAUGACUUCUUCCCACGAAAGCUCUUCAAGCUACAGUAAUAUUAGCCCUAAACCUGACGAGCUUUACGAAUGCUACAGCUUCAGCCGCCCCAAUUAUAUAAAUCUACAGUCUUCCAGCUCAAAAAGCUCUCCUGGCAGCCCUUUGAAAAGCCCUUUAAAAAGCACUAUCAGUAUCACCUUUAGAUCUCCUACUAAAAAAUCACCAGACUAUGAACCUAUAGAAAAUGACACGCCAACCAAUGAGCGGGACUCGGUCUAUGAAGAUAUAGAUUUAGAAAAGAAUUUGUCUAUUGUUGAGGAAGCGACGAUACCGGAAGCGGACGCAAGUCUACCAACCCAACAGGCGUGCCAACCUCAUAGCUUUACUGAAGAUCUGAUCAUUCUAGAAACUCCUACAGACUCUGAUGUUGAUAACACAGAUGUCUACAGUCAAGUUAAGUUCUUAAAGAAAAGCAUAGAAGAAGUAAACGCUAUGAUAUUAGAGUCACCACCGAAGGAAACCCAUUAUGAAAACGUUUCUUUUGAAGAUAGACAAUAUGAGAAUGUCGAUAUAAAGUCUACACAAGAAAAUGGUAACAUCAUUAAGCCGAAAGAGACUCUAAAUGUAAGAGAAUUAGCGAACAGAUUCGAAAGCCCGACCGAACAGAAGGGACCGUUCUUUGAAAAGUUUAAGACUGAAAUCAAAUAUCCUGACAAAGAAGAAUCACAACCAGCACCUUCACCUAAAUGCUACAAAUUAUCUAAAAACUCCUCCAACGCUAGAUCUUUAGAUGAAAACGCUUUUAUAAAAGAGUUCGCUCCGGAGAAGAAUUACGUUGACCGGAGAAAAAGUCUUGAAGUCAAAGAUGUGAAAAAACAAAACAAAUUCUUACCAGAUUUAAAUCUAAAUCUAAACAUGGAGGAAGACAAGCAAGCAACUACGCCUACUACUGAAAAUAAAAUAUCUUUAAUACAAUUUGAUGCUAAAAAAGACAUUAAGAACCUAAUAGGUUUCGACACAGAAAAGAAACUAAGUAGGGAGAGGAUAGAGAAAUAUAAAGAGGAACGUAGAAAUUUCCUGAGAGAGAAAUACAGCUCUCAAUCUUUUAGGAGUAACCCUGAUCAGCUUACAAGGGUUAAAGUUAAGAAAGAGGAAGUCAGUCCAAAGUUUGAGAGGAGGAACACGGUAGACUUGGGUCAGAGGAUGAGAUUCUCGCUCGCUAGGAGUAGUCACCAGUUGGACACCAUCCCCUCCCCCACUAGCCCUGAAGGGGGGGAGGGCAGCGCUGGACGCCAUUUUGAAAGGAAAGAGAAGAUGUCCCCGUCGUACAAUAUUCGAGACAUGGCCGCCAUCUUUGAGCAGAAGACGCAGAACAGCGGCUGAACGACAACGCGUCGUCGUGUCGACGACGUGUGGACGACGUGUCGUGACUUGGUAAAACCGACGUGGACCUGUCAGAGCUGUGCUGUUAAAAUAUUUGUGACAUUCCACGCCGAAAGGUACAUUAUGGCGGUCGGCGCUUACGCCAUUAUUAGCGGCGACCCAAUGCUAAUGCGGUAAGGUACUUUCGUCGUGGAAUGUCACAUUAUUUGAGUUAAGUGUUAAAACUGACUUUGACAAAAAAUAUUUAGUAGGAUUACGGUAUAAUUUAACUGAGAAAACGCGCUACGCUAUAUUUUCGCUCCAUAUGAGAUUAUUAUGCAAAACUCUGCGUAGGGGGCGCCACUAGCGCAUACUGUAAACAAACCGCCUUGAUACAUCAAUGUCAUAUUUAUUCGUAACAAUUAAUGUGAAACUUGUCAAGAAACUGUUUAAGGCAUAGCAUAUAGGUAUAAGUUACUCUAUGGUUUACGGUUUGUGCUAGUGCUGCCUCUGGCGGCAGAACAUUGCAUUAUUACUCCAUAUUAAGAAACUGUUUUAUAUACAAAAUCUCUUAUUAUAGAUCGAUGAAAUUAACUUUGUGAAUCUCAAAUAAUCUCCAGUGUACAUUUUGACAGUCCCUACAGUCGGUCUGACAUUUUACCAGAACACCUAGUGUCACUGUCAUUCGAUAGUAUGACGAGCGUUCGCGUUUGUGUUAUGUCUAUUUUUGUAUGGGAUUCUGAACAGCGCGCCAAGCGGGGCAUUUUGGAAACUCAGUCCCGUACAAAAUGACACUUAACGCAAACGCGUACGUCGCGACACGCUAUCGAAUGAAAUUUACACUAGGGGUAGGUACAGUACGUCGCGCUAUUAUAGCUACACCAAGAUAAGUCUGCAACAAUUUUGAUAGCACAGUGUCAGUGGGGAGACACACCUGACUUCGGUCGAACUCGGCUCCUCCGCUCGGCUCAGCAUUGCUCCGAGCAAUUAUUAGGGUUAGCACCACAUGACUUCCUUGUGCGUGCACGACCACAGAUAAUCACUUGAAUUUUGACAACCCUAAAUAGCCGAAAGGGAUAGUGCUAUAUAUUAGAAAGGGAUAGCAUGAUUCGACCCUGUCAAACUUCGGGUUUGUAGGAAGUGUCCUUUCUGCACGGUAUUACUAUUAUUUCUUCUGUGACAGUGUGCUAUUUUAAACGUCAAACUUCUAUGAAAUUAUGACGUAUAGAUAACACUUGCACUGCGUGUGCUGUCAAAAUCGUUGCAGACUUACCUUGGUCUAAUUCUAUUGUUAUUAUGUACUGCUAAUUGUGAAUAUAAACUAAUACUCUACUCAUUGUGAAUACGUUUGUAUGUAUUAUUUUAAAGUUUUCUCGCUAGAUUUGGUUAUUCAAAGUAUAAUGUAUAAUAUAAUGUGGCAAUAUAGUUCGUCCGCCGAGUAUGGAGAGUUUCGGUCAUUGACCCUUUGCAGAGACAAGUAAUACUUAAAGACUGGUAAUCUCAAUAGCAUAGCUGGUUUAUGAUCAACGACAUGAAGUUAACUAAGGGUGGUAUUCUACUUGUCCAAUGUGUCUUGCGUCUCACAUAUUGCUUCGUGCGAGAGUGAGACGCAAUGCACAUUAGACAAAGAAAUUGGACAGGUGGAAUACUACCCUAAGUCACAACCACCCUAAAUCACAAAUAUUAAUGGAAGUAAUCAUAUUUUUAUGCCUAUUCGUCGUUUUGACAUUUCUGCUUGUGUGAAAGAGACAAAAUGAACGAGGUUGCAAUGUUUAGUUUGAUGAUGUGCGAUUGUCACCUUGACUAGGCCCCCAGGUGUAAUUCGUAAAGAUUAAGCAAUCGUGUAUAAAACAAAUGUGAUAUUCUCAAACCAAAAGGGUGCUUGUUUCUACUGACAAAAUUUGCUUGACCAUCUAUAGAAGGCAAAUAGCUAUUUUCAGUCUUCAUUUUACUUGUCUAUGUCUAUGUCUUGUGUAUGACGACCGGUCUGGCCUAGUGGGUAGUGACCCUGCCUGCGAAGCCGAUGGUCCUGGGUUCGAAUCCCAGUAAGGGCAUUUAUUUGUAUGAUGAUACAGAUAUUUGUUCCUGAGUCAUGGGUGUUUUCUAUGUAUUUAAGUAUUUGUAUAUUAUAUACAUAUAUCGUUGUCUGAGUACCCACAACACAAGCCUUCUUGAGCUUACUGUGGGACUUAGUCAAUCUGUGUAAGAAUGUCCUAUAAUAUUUAUUUAUUAUUAUAUUAUUUAUUUGUCUCUUAAGUCAACGUACGAAUUUCUCUGAACUCGGUGGUAGUCUUUAAUGUAUAACGUGGCAUUACUUAGCUUGGUCCGUUCUGAGUGAAAUAUGCAUGCUGUCCUACUCUAACUUAAAGAGUUCGAUAGAGACAGCAAUAUGAGUGCAAACGGUUGUGAGACUAAUAGCAAUGCACUGACCGAUUGAUAAAUAUUAAAUUUGUACCUUAAACUCAUUGAUAUAAGAUUCGAAUUCCAAAAACAGUUUUUAAAAUAGUAUUUUCUGUAUUUUUAUUUUGUGAAAAGAUUUAGUUCUAAAAAAACCGCUUGUUAGACUUUGAAAUAAUGUAUCCAAAUAUUAUUUUGUAUAGGUGAAUCAGUUUAAAGAAAAAAAUCGGGGUUUUUAAAUUUUCUAUAUAUUUCGGGAAUCUCGGAAACGGCUCUAACGAUUUCGAUGAUAUUUGCUAAAUGGGGGUUUUCGGGGCGAUAAAUCGAUCUGGCUAAGUCUUAUCUCUGGGAAAACGCGCAUUUUUGAGAUUUUAUAUAUUUUCCGAGCAAAGCUCGGUCUCCCAUAUAUUUUUCUUUAAACUAAUUCAAUUAAAGUGUUAGGUUAAUUGUUAUGUUGAAUUUAUUUAUUACUCUCUUAUUAUUAAAAUGACUGCAUUUAAACGUCUUAUUAAAUGCACGAGCAUCACAA